CUCUCCCGCAGGUACUACCUGCAGGGCGUGUGCCGGGAGGGGAAGAAGUGCCUGUUCUCACAUGAUUUAUCUACGAGCAAAUCCUCCACCGUCUGCAAGUAUUACCAGAAGGGACAGUGUGCCUACGGAGCUCGGUGCAGGUAUGAUCACACCAGACUUCCUGCGUCGGGGGCUGCAGCGGCCCCUGCACCGCCACCCCUCUCCUCAGCAGUGCCGCACACCCCUCGCCACCCUCCCGAGCACGGCGCGCCCGUCAUCAGGAGCAAGCUGCACGAGACCAGCAAGCGGGAGAAGAAGACGCUGGUGCUCAGGGACAGAAAUCUGUGUGGCUUGAAUGAAGAGAAGCAGAAACCCAGCACCACAAGCGAUGUGGUGUGUUGCAGUGACCAAAACGAUCACCUGGAGAUGAAGCCCCACUCCUAUCUGGAAGCUAUUUGCAGCGGACUGAAAGAUGCGGUGGCUGGAAGCUCGUGUGCUGACGGAGAGCAGCUGUGUCCCUAUGCGGCAGCGGGAGCCUGCCACUUCGGAGAUCGCUGCCUGUACCUCCACGGAGACGUGUGUGAGAUCUGCGGGCUGCAAGUGCUUCACCCGUUCGACCAAGAGCAGAGGAAGGCUCACGAGAUGAUGUGCAUGGCGACAUUUGAGCACGACAUGGAGAAGGCGUUUGCCUUCCAGGCCAGCCAGGACAAAGUGUGCAGUAUCUGCAUGGAGGUGGUGUAUGAGAAACUGUCGGCCUCGGAGAGGAGGUUUGGGAUCCUGUCCAACUGCAAUCACACGUACUGCCUGGCUUGCAUCCGGCAGUGGAGGUGUGCCAAGCAGUUUGAGAAUCAAAUCAUCAAGUCGUGCCCGGAGUGCCGUGUGAUAUCCGAGUUUGUAAUUCCCAGCGUGUACUGGGUAGAAGACCAGGAGAAGAAAAACGAGCUGAUUGAAGCAUUUAAGCAGGGCGUGGGGAAGAAACCCUGCAAGUACUUUGAGCAAGGGAAAGGAACUUGCCCGUUUGGAGGGAAGUGUCUUUACCUUCACGCUUAUCCUGACGGGACGCGAGCUGAACCUGAAAAACCACGGAAACAGCUCAGCUCGGAGGGGACGGUGCGGUUCUUCAAUUCUGUUCGGCUGUGGGACUUUAUUGAAGACAGAGAAAGCAGGACUGUGACCAGCACGGAUGAUGAAGUAACAGAACUUGGAGACCUCUUCAUGCACCUUUCUGGGGCCGACGAGGAUUCUGCUACUUCUCAGUAAAGAGAAGGGAAGGUGCUGUCCUCUAUAGCAAUCCAGCUAUUUACUUAGCCAUGCUUUUACUUUCUGCAACACAGUUAGAGUGAACGGGCCCUGUGGUUUACUUGUGCAGUCCUGGUAAACGUUUUUAGAUUAGUUUUUGUAUGGCAACAAAAAUACUAAAAUAUAUUUUAAAAGUUCAAUUGAUUGC